CUUCCUUCCGCCUCGCCUCUCCCCCAUCCCUGCGCCUGAUUAUCCCAGUCGCUCCUUCUUGCUACUUUUCCUUCUUCAACUUUCCCAUCGCACACCCACUCCAUAUCCCCAGAUUUUAGCGAGCGGUACCUGAAAUCAUGUCUCUCAGCCAGAACCGCCUCCAGGAGGAACGGAAGCAGUGGCGUCGUGACCACCCUUUCGGCUUUGUCGCAAAGCCCGCGCGAACUCCCCAGGGCGGCCUGGACCUCAAGACCUGGGAAUGUGCUAUUCCUGGCAAGGCAAAAACUCUUUGGGAGGGAGGUCUUUUCAAGUUGACCUUGGUAUUUCCCGAUGAAUACCCCACGAAGCCACCAAAAUGCAAAUUUACGCCACCUUUGUUCCACCCAAACGUUUACCCUUCGGGCACAGUCUGCCUGUCAAUCCUCAAUGAAGAGGAAGACUGGAGACCGGCGAUCACCAUCAAGCAGAUCCUGCUCGGCAUUCAGGAUCUCCUCGAUAAUCCCAACCCAGAGUCGCCCGCGCAGGCCGAUGCCUACAACCUGUUCAAAAAGGACAGACCCGCGUAUGAGCGUAAGGUCCGCCAGGUGGUUAAGGAAAACCAGCCCGUUUAAGCAUCGAUUCCCAGCGAGAACAGCGAAAAUGCUGUGACGCUUUCUUUUCCGAUUUUCAGCAUGGGACAUACCGGGGGACGAUCUAUGCAUAUCCGGUUUUUUUUCCGGCGAAUGAGGAAUUAGCUAUUUCCCACAGCGCGGCGUUAACAAUGGAGUUUGAGGCAUUGAAGCCAUAAGAAUGCAG